GGGGAGGGUUUGUUUUCACUGAGUGAGGCACCUGGAAGGCAUGCCGAAGGUGGAACCAGUUUGUUUGCUUUGGGGAGGGUAUGCUUUCGCUGAGUGAGGCAAGGGGUAGGCAGUCCUACAGGAGUACUGAACAGCAUGGACUGCUAACACUGUCACAACUUUCUCACAUCGGUAGUAAAACUCCUCGGUGGCGGAGUAACAAGAAACUGCAUGGUCUAAACAACCCAAUGGAGACUAAGGUUUAGACAGAAGAGCUUUUCAUAAAGGAUCAUGCCUGGUGUCCGCAGCGGGAGGAGGCUCUCUGAUGGGCUGAUGCUGGAGCAAUCAGAGGAAGGACAAUUGGUCGUUUCCAGUGUUGUCGAUGGCUCCUUGGCCAAUCAGGGUCUGAAAGAAGGAGAUGAAAUUGUGGGUGCCACAAUCAACUUUGACCAACUUUCGAAAGACGAUGUGUUGAAAAUACUGAGGUUGAUGGAUGAUAAUGGAUUUGAUGAGAAGGUUCAAGUUCUGACGAAAAAUAAUUUGCGCAAGAGUAUGGGGACCUUGGACAGCAUCAAAGCACCAGAGGAGAUGUUGAAGGAUUCCUAUAACAGACUCAAUGCCAAAAUAAAGAAGUUCAUGAAGGAGGACAGCUCUGGACAACCUACAGCUUCUGGGGAAAGAUGCUCUCCUAACGCGCAGGUACCGAGACCUCUCUGGGCCAAGCCUGAUGUCAGAGGAACAGACUCUACAGUGACUCUCAAUACUCCUGGUGGAGAACUUUCGUUGCCUAAUGCCAACAUGAGUACAAGGGAUCUCUUUCUAGCUCAAUUGAAUGGGUCUAUAGAGGCUGAUCCUGAUGUCAAUAUCUCCAAUUUACCUUCAGUAGACCUUAAAGGUUCCAAAAUAGAUCUAGAAUUGCCAAAUUCAGACAUUGGCAUCCCAUCUGGGAAGAUCAAAACACCAAGUCUUGGUAGGGCUGACUUUGCUAUAUCUGGACCAAGAUUUAAGAAUCCAGACCUGGACCUCUCAGUGGAUGAGAUGUGUGUAUCAGAUAUCAGUUUGCCUGACCUCAAUAGUCCAGAUAUUGACAUACCCCCAGGUAAAUUCAAACUAACGAAACCACAUGCAGAACUCAAAGCUUCUGAUUUCGAUGUGAAUGCCCCCUCUGGUAAACUGAAGAUGCCCAAAUUUGAUGCUGAUGUAAAAACACCAAAGCUAAUUCUCAAAGCUCCCAAGAUAAAAGGUGGACUUGAUGCACCUGACUUGGACUUACCCAAAGUCGACCUGAAAUCACCUAAAUUAGAUGUAAACACUCCAGAUAUUGACAUUGAUUCACCCACAGGGAAAUUGAAAAUGCCCAAAUUGAAAAUGCCAACAUUUGGAAUGAAGGGGCCUCAUAUUGACAAACAUGGAGAUAUAGAGGGACCAGACCUGAACUUGUCAUCUCCCCAACUCAAGGGUCCCAAAGCAGACCUCAACAUUCCAGAUCCUGAUAUUGGCCGCCCAUCAGGAAAAUUCAAAUUGCCAACUUUCAAGAUGCCAGAUUUAGGUUCCUCUGGACCAAAGGUUAAGGGGCCUGGCUUUGAUCUUUCAGCCGACAAGUUUAAUGCUGGGAUUGAUGCCCCUGACAUGGAUUUACCAGACAUGGACCUCAAAGCCCCUAAAUUAGAUGUAAACACUCCAGAUAUUGACAUUGAUUCACCCACAGGGAAAUUGAAAAUGCCCAAAUUGAAAAUGUCAACAUUUGGAAUGAAGGGGCCACAUAUUGACAAAGAUGGAGACAUAGAAGGAUCAGAACUGAACUUGUCAUCUCCCCAACUCAAGGGUUCCAAAGUAGACCUCAACAUUCCAGAUGCUGAUAUUGGCCAUCCAUCGGGGAAAUUCAAAAUGCCAACUUUCAAGAUGCCACAUUUAGGUUCCUCUGGACCAAAGGUUAAGGGGCCUGGCUUUGAUCUUUCAGCCGACAGGUUUAAAGCUGGGAUUGAUGCCUCUGACAUGGAUUUACCAGACAUGGACCUCAAAGCCCCUAAAUUAGAUGUAAACACUCCAGAUAUUGACAUUGAUUCACCCACAGGGAAAUUGAAAAUGCCCAAAUUGAAAAUGUCAACAUUUGGAAUGAAGGGGCCACAUAUUGACAAACAUGGAGAUAUAGAGGGACCAGACCUGAACUUGUCAUCUCCCAAACUCAAGGGUCCCAAAGCAGAACUCAACAUUCCAGAUGCUGAUAUUGGCCGCCCAUCAGGAAAAUUCAAAAUGCCAACUUUCAAGAUGCCACAUUUAGGUUCCUCUGGACCAAAGGUUAAGGGGUCUGGCUUGGAUCUUUCAGCCCCCAAGUUUAAAGCUGGGAUUGAUGCCCCUGACAUGGAUUUACCAGACAUGGACCUCAAAGCCCCUAAAUUAGAUGUAAACACUCCAGAUAUUGACAUUGAUUCACCCACAGGGAAAUUGAAAAUGCCCAAAUUGAAAAUGUCAACAUUUGGAAUGAAGGGGCCACAUAUUGACAAACAUGGAGAUAUAGAGGGACCAGACCUGAACAUGUCAUCUCCCAAACUCAAGGGUCCCAAAGCAGACCUCAACAUUCCAGAUGCUGAUAUUGGCCGUCCAUCAGGAAAAUUCAAAAUGCCAACAUUCAAGAUGCCAGAUUUAGGUUCCUCUGGACCAAAGGUUAAGGGGUCUGGCUUGGAUCUUUCAGCCCCCAAGUUUAAAGCUGGGAUUGAUGCCCCUGACAUGGAUUUACCAGACAUGGACCUCAAAGCCCCUAAAUUAGAUGUAAACACUCCAGAUAUUGACAUUGAUUCACCCACAGGGAAAUUGAAAAUGCCCAAAUUGAAAAUGUCAACAUUUGGAAUGAAGGGGCCACAUAUUGACAAACAUGGAGAUAUAGAGGGACCAGACCUGAACAUGUCAUCUCCCAAACUCAAGGGUCCCAAAGCAGACCUCAACAUUCCAGAUGCUGAUAUUGGCCGUCCAUCAGGAAAAUUCAAAAUGCCAACUUUCAAGAUGCCAGAUUUAGGUUCCUCUGGACCAAAAGUUAAGGGGCCUGACUUGGAUCUUUCAGCCCCCAAGUUGAAAGGGGGAAUCAGUCCCCUAGAUCCGAAUCUGCCAGAUCUCAAAGGCCCCAAACUAGGCCUAAAUGCACCAGAUGUAAACUGUAAUAUGCCCUCAGGUAAAAUCAAAGUUCCUACAUUGAAGAAACCAAAGGUUGAUCUGAAUGCUCCUGAUCUGGACAUUGAUGGCCCCUCUGGUAAACUGAAAAUGCCCAAAUUUGGGCUGUCUGGUAAAAUGCCAAAAUCCACAAAACUGAAUCUCAAAGCCCCAAAGAUAAAGGGGGGAAUUGAUUCCCCAGACUUGAAUUUACCAGAUGCUGACCUCAAAGCCCCUAAACUAGAUAGAAAUUCCCCCGAUUUUGACAUCAAUGCCUCCUCUGGGAAAUUCAAAAUGCCCAAAUUCAAAAUGUCUAAAUUCAGAGGCCUAAAAAGACCAGAUGUUGACAUUGAUGGAGACUUAGAGGGUGCAGAUAUAGAUAUCAAUGCCCCCACAGCUAACCUCAAAGGUCCCAAAACAGGUCUAAAAAUGCCAGAUUUGAAGAUGCCUGAUUUCAGGCUAUCUGGGCACAAUGUAGAUAAACCUAACUAUGACUUACCUGAUAUUGAUCUCUCAGCCCCAAAGCUAAAGGGGGGCAUCAAUCCCCCAGAUUUGCAACUACCUAAAGGUAAAAUCAAAGGCCUAAAACUAGACCUCAAUGAUCCAGAUUUGGAUGUUGACGCUCCCUCAGGAAAACUAAAAAUGCCCAAAUUUGGACACUCAGGCACUAUGCCAAAAGGACCAAAUCUGGACAUAAAUGCAGGUGCGAAAUCACCAAAGUUCAGUCUAAAUAUGCCAAAGAUAAAAGCUGGGAUUGAUGCGCCUGACAUGGAUUUACCAGACAUGGACCUCAAAGCCUCUAAAUCAGAUUUAAACACUCCAGAUAUUGACAUUGAUUCACCCACAGGGAAAUUCAAAAUGCCGAAUUUGAAAAUGUCUACAUUUGGAAUGAAGGGGCCACACAUUGACAAAGUUGGAGAUAUAGAGGGACCAGACUUGAAUUUGUCAUCUCCCAAACUCAAGGGUCCCAAAGCAGACCUCAACAUUCCAGAUGCUGAUAUUGUCAGUCCAUCAGGAAAGUUCAAAAUGCCAACUUUCAAGAUGCCAGAUUUAGGUUCCUCUGGACCAAAGGUUAAGGGGACUGACUUGGAUCUUUCAGCCCCCAAGUUGAAAGGGGGAAUCAGUCCCCUAGAUCCGAAUCUGCCAGAUCUCAAAGGCCCCAAACUAGGCCUAAAUGCACCAGAUGUAAACAGUAAUAUGCCCUCAGGUAAAAUCAAAGUACCUACAUUGAAGAAACCAAAGGUUGAUCUGAAUGCUCCUGAUCUGGACAUUGAUGACCCCUCUGGUCACCUGAAAAUGCCCAAAUUUGGGCUGUCUGGUAAAAUGCCAAAAUCCACAAAACUGAAUCUCAAAGCCCCAAAGAUAAAGGGGGGAAUUGAUUCCCCAGACUUAAAUUUACCAGAUGCUGACCUCAAAGCCCCUAAACUAGAUGGAAAUGCCCCCGAUUUUGACAUCAAUGCACCUUCUGGGAAAUUGAAAAUGCCCAAAUUGAAAAUGCCUAAAUUCAGAGGCCUAAAGGGACCAGAUGUUGACAUAGAUGGAGACCUAGAGGGCCCAGAUAUAGAUAUCAAUUCCCCCACAGCUAACCUCAAAGGUCCCAAAACAGGUCUAAAAAUGCCUGAUUUGAAGAUGCCUGAUUUCAGGCUAUCUGGCCCUUAUGUAGAUAAACCUGACCAUGAUUUACCUGAUAUUGACUUCUCAGCCCCAAAGCUAAAAGGGGGCAUCAAUCCCCCAGAUUUGAGACUACCUAAGGGUCAUCUCAAAGGGCCCAAUUUAGAUCUCAAUGCUCAAGAUUUUGAUGUUGAUGCUCCAUCUGGUAAACUGAAAAUGCCCAAAUUUGGGCUUUCAAGUACAAUGCCAAAAGGACCAAAUGUGGACAUAAAUGCAGGUGCGAAAUCACCAAAGUUCAGUCUACAAAUGCCAAAGAAUAAAGGUGGGAUUGAUGCCCCUGGUGUGGAUCUACCAGACAUUGACCUCAAAGCCCCUAAAUUAGAUGUAAACACUCCAGAUAUAGACAUUCAUUCACCCACAGGGAAAUUCAAAAUGCCCAAUCUGAAAAUGCCUCAAUUUGGAAUGAAAGGGCCAGAUAUUGAUCUAGAUGGAGAUAUAGAGGGACCAGACUUGAAUUUGUCAUCUCCCAAACUCAAGGGUCCCAAAGCAGACCUCAACAUUCCAGAUGCUGAUAUUGACAGUCCAUCAGGAAAAUUCAAAAUGCCAACUUUCAAGAUGCCAGAUUUAGGUUUAUCUGGACCAAAAGUUAAGGGGCCUGACUUGAAUCUUUCAGGCCCCAAGUUUAAAGGGGGAAUUAGUCACCCAGAUUUGGAUCUGCCAGAUGUUGACCUCAAAGGCCCCAAACUAGACCUCAAUGCACCAGAUGUAAACUUUAAUAUGCCCUCAGGUAAAGUCAAAGUACCUACAUUGAAGAAACCAAAGGUUGAUCUGAAUGCUCCUGAUCUGGACAUUGAUGGCCCCUCUGGUCACCUGAAAAUGCCCAAAUUCUUGCUGCCUGGUACAAUGUCAAAAUCCCCAGUCUUGAGGCUCAAAGCUUCAAACAUUAAGGGGGGAAUUGAUGUUCCAGACAUGAAUUUACCAGAUGCUGACCUCAAAGCCCCUGAACUAGAUGUGAAUGCCCCAGAUCUUGACAUCAAUGAACCCUCUGGGAAAUUCAAAAUGCCCAAAUAUAAAAUGCUUAAAUUCAGAGACCUAAAGAGACCAGAUGUUGACAUUGUUGGAAACUUAGACGGCCCAGAUAUAGAUAUAAAUUCCCCCACAGCUAACCUCAAAGGUCCCAAAACAGGUCUAAAAAUUCCAGAUUUGAAGAUGCCUGAUUUUGGGCUAUCUGGGCCAAAUGUAGAUGAAUCUGACUAUGACUUACCUGAUAUUGACCUCUCAGCCCCAAAGCUAAAAGGAGGAAUCAGUCCUCCGGAUUUGAGAAUAUCUAAGGGUCAUCUCAAAAGCCCAAACUAGACCUCAAUGCUCCAGAUAUGCCCUCAGGUAGAUUCAGAGUUCCAACCAUAGAGAGGCCAAAUGGUAGCAUCAAAGCCACUGAUUUUGACAUCAACACUCCUACAUUCAAAAUGCCUACAUUUGGGUUGUCUACACCAAAAUGACCAGAUCAUGACAUCAGUGCUGACCAUGGUUAAAUUGUCAAAGAAGGAAGGAUGGGAUUGGUUCACCAGAUCUGGACCUACCUACAAUUGACUUAAAAGCCCCUAACAUAGAUUUAAACACUCCAGAUAUGAACAUUGGCUCACCGUCUUGGAAAUUCAAAAUUCCUCACCUCAAAUGCCUAAAUGCGGGCCUUUCUGGUCUGAAAGGUCCAGAUGCUGGAAUAGAUGGAGACAUUGAGGGACCGGACCUGAGCUUGUCAACCCUGAAAGUAAACACAGGGAUCGGUAGUCCAGAUUUAGACAUAAAUGUUCCCUCUGGUAACCUCAAAGGCCCCCAAGCUGAUCUCAAUUUGCCAGACAGUAACGUUGCUAUACAAUCUCGAAAAUUCAAACUGCCGUUGUUAAAAUUGCCUCAGUUUGGAAGUCCCAAUUGAAGAGCAGUAUCAGCUAUGGACUUUAUGAAAACAAAUGACAUUUCUCCUCCAAAAGCUAAAGUGGAUCUAAAAGCACCAGACUUGAAAGUUAGUCACGCAGAUGUCAGCCUGAGCUUACCCAAAGCUGAUAUCAGAGGCCCAGAAUACAAAGUGUCAUCCCAUAGUAAACGCAGAUCUGAUAUCCCAGGUAGAGCGCAUAUAAAAGAUGUUGAAUGCCAGGUGGAGUAUAUAUAAAAGUGCCUGUUGGGAAGUCUAGGAAGGUGAAAGGUACGGCUAGUUAUCCCAUUGCAGAUAUUGAUUUGCCAAAAGUUGAUUACCAAGUGUUUGGUGUGGAUCUCAGAGGUUCAGACCUUAACCUUGAUGACCUCACAGUGAAAUUCUAAAUUCCCAAAUCCAAGACUUCUACAUUGGGUAGUUAUACAAGAAUACCAGAUAUAGACUCAAGUCUUCCCAGUAUUAACACCUCAAUCCCUAUAUUCCCAACCCAAAGUGGGGAUUAGUGGUUUCACAGACAGAUUUUAAUUUGAGAAGAACUGACCUCAAGGGCAAUAAACAAUCAGAAAGCCCCAACUGGUGAAACCGGCAGAUAAAAAGAAAGGACCAAAAUAGUCUAAAAUUGUAGUCCAUAUGACAAGUUUGACUCAUGGUUCAAACCCACAAAUUUCUGAAGAUCAAUAAUAUUUAAUCGCUGUACAGUAUUUCCCAAACAUGUCAAAGGGGAUGUACCAGACGGAACUGGGAGCCUGAGAAAUCGGCACAAGGAAGAGUCAAACCUUAGAUCUCAAACACUCAGAUGUCUCGAUUUCAGUGCAUCAAAUGUGGACCUUGAAGUUCCAGAAGAUGAGAACUUAAAAGGGUCAAAGCUUACAAAGCUUAUAUAGCAUUCAGACAACUGACUAAAUGUAAUUUUAGGCUUGUUUGAAUCACAAUCUUCUGUUGAAACAUAAUGCAGAAAACUUCUGUUACUAGCACUUAUUUGUACUUUUUAUGUAAAUUGAUUGGUGUUUGUUAUGAACAUGUUGAAAAUGUAUGUGUAAAGGGUUCUCAUUUUGUCUUUGGUUUUACAAAAUGGAUGAAAAGCUAUUUGAAAAUGUGUUUUUACUGUACACUUGCUGUUUUACAAUAAUUUGUUUUAUCUUUAUAUUGAUGUAUUAACAGUAGGCCUUAUUUUCCAUAUUUUUGCAUUUGAAAUAACCUCUGGAAAAUUCAUUCUGUCAAGUAUGAUAAAACAUUUAACUCAACUGCUA